GUUUGUAUGAUCACAUUCCCUUUUCUGUCGUUCUUUUGAUGAAGUGGUAGGCAAUGGAGAAAGUUUCUACUAUGCCUGUAUUCUCUCGCAGGAUACCUUUCUCUUCUUUGAGCAGAGGGUACAUUCUACUGCUUACCACAUUCUUUGCGAUAUUCCUUUUCAGUGGCACCUGGUAUGCGCGAACGAGAACAUCAGCAUUUGACACAUACAGAAAUGACUACCUCAACCUAUCAGGCUCCGAGGCCACAGAAGAACAACAAAAAGUCGAAGAACUGCUCUACGACCAUAGCCUUGGACCGCAAUCGCCUUCAUCAGAAACAACCGACCUAGACGAUGCCAUCUGGGACGACUGCCGCCAACUCCCAGGCGCAGACCGCAUCCUCCUCAUCAUCAAAACCGGCGCCACAGAAAUCUACAAACGCUUCCCCAUGCACAUCGAAACAACCCUAACCUGCGUCCCCAACUACCUCAUCCUCUCCGACCUCGACCAAACAAUCGGCGCCAACAUAACCGUCCACGACGCCCUCAAACUCGUCACCCCACAAACCCGCACCCACCACCCCGAUUUCCAACUCUACCACUCGAUUCAAAACUACCACGCCACAGGCCAAGACAUCCAAACCCUCUCCUCCCCCGCAGGCUGGAACCUCGACAAAUGGAAAUUUCUUCCGAUGAUCCACAAAGCCUGGGACAUCUCCAAAACCGAACACAACAGCACCAUAGACUGGUUUGUAAUGAUCGAAGCCGACACAGCACUCUCCUGGUUAAACCUCAUUCACUUCCUUUUACCUCUCGAUCCCUCUGAACCACAAUACAUCGGCUCCCCCGCAGCGCUCGUAGCAGACGGUUCUUCUUUCGCACACGGCGGUUCCGGUGUGAUAAUGUCUCGCAAAGCGAUUGAGAAGGUCGAACAUAUGCGAGAGAAUUUCUUAGAAGGAGAAGUCGAUGGGCCAUCAAGUGAAGAAGCAUAUGAUCAAAAAUGGGAAGAUCAUACGAGUGAGAUUUGUUGCGGAGAUGCGGUUUUGAGUCAUGCUUUUGCGGCUGUGGGGGUUAAUGUUGCUUCUGCGAGGCCGGAGAUCCAGGGGGAUACGAGGUUGAGUUUGCCGUUUGAUACGGUGAGUGGAGGGAAAGAGUAUUUGAGGCGGUUGGAGGAGAAGUUGAAGAGUGAUAUAUUACAUACUGGAGGAAUUGAGUUCCAGGAAGUGGGGGAUGAUUUGUGGUGUAAGAGGCCGAUUACUUUUCAUCAUGUGAAGCCUGUGGAGGUUGAUGAGUUUUGGAGGUUUCAGGAGGAAUACGUGGAGAGGGAGAAUGGGGGGUUGUGGAAUGAGAGUUUUACGUAUAGGGAUGUUUUUAUGGAGUUUGUUUGGCCGAGGGUGACGGAUCCGAAGAAUGAUGGGGUGAAAGAGGAGGAUUUACAGAUAGGGACGAGGGUUGCGAGGAAUGAUUGGGAUAAUAUGUCGGAAUGGUGGAAGAUCGAACUUAAGGAUCAGUCGGAAGGUGGUGGAGUCUCGGUUGUAGGGGCUCCGGUUCCGAGACUGGAAAAUGAUACGGAUCAAGAGGCGUUGGAGUAUUUUACUGCGCAAAGUGUCUUCUCGGCGCAGAAUUGUCAGUGGGCUUGUGAGAGAAGGGGAGAGCCGUUUGCUUGGCCAAAUGAUCCUUAUCUUGGCGAGUGUGUGCAGUGGAGAUGGAGUUCGCAAGGGAAGUGCCAUUUGGACAGGAGAAUCAGAUUGGGUGAGGCAAAGACGAAAGAGGAUCAACAUGAUGAUGAAGGGAAAGAGGAGAAGUGGACGAGUGGAUGGGUUGAGAAGAGGGUGAGAGAAUUCGUGAAGAGAAGGGGCGAUUGUCAUGGGCCUAUUGAACAGAUGAAGGAGAGACUAGAAGCAAUGCAAAGCGGAAGGGCUGAGCAAGAAUCGAGCAUGGAGGAGAAGAAGGCCGAGCAUGGUGAGGAGAUCUCAAGUGAGACGGAGAGCUGAGCCAGCCGAAUCUCGAUAUAUUUAUGCAUAAUCAAUUUCUCGAUACCCAAGC